GCUCGGGGAAAAAACCGCGUCGGAGGUGCUGUCACUUUGGCGCAUUUUCACGACCUGAGCGCACUUGUGACUUGGCCGAUUUCUUGCCUCUGGUUCCCUCACCAAGGCACCUUGAUAAUUCCUUGCUACCUCUCCACUGCCCGGAAAGAAAGUCUCCAUCAUCGUGUGUCUUGCGCGUCUUUAACUGCAGCACCUUGGCUCUGUACCUGUCAAUCCAGGGCUCUCUGUACGGAUAUCUCAAGGUAGCGAGCGCAAAGCACCCGGGCAUCCAUCGCACCAGGAUUGGCCGACGGUCCAACGCACCAUCCCGUAAUCCUCAUUUCCCUCCUACCAUCAGGUCCGGACUCUUCGGCCGCGACUACCCUCACAAUUUUGCCCACUCUGCAGAUACAACACAUCAACUUGUCGACUCGUGUCCCGCAUCUCUCCGUCUCUCACAGUCAACCACUGCGGUCGAAUUGCAUUGUCCUUACUCUGCAUUUCCGUCAAAGCCAUCAUGGACGCAGGCGAGGCCCAAACGAAGCUCAUCGCCUGGCUGCACGAGGCCUCCGAGGCCUUUCAAAAAGUUCCUGGCUCAUCCGUCCUAAUUCGUUACAUUCAGUCGAGCUACCAGAACGAUCCUAUCCGUUCAGGCAUUGAGCUAGUUCUCUUCAUCUUCUUCGUCCGCUACCUCUUGUCGCCCUCCUAUUCAACCCAGAAGCAGAAUUUCAUCAAACUUCGCGACGAUGAAAUCGACGAGUUGGUAGAAGACUGGACCCCGGAGCCGCUUGUGGCUCCUCAAACUGCUCUCGAGGAGAUUGAAGCCGAAAGGUUGCCUGUGAUUGUUGGACCGACCGGCCCCAAGACCAAGCUCGCAAACGGACGCACUGUCACGAACCUCGCUUCAUACAAUUUCUAUAACUUCAACGCCAACGAACAGAUCAAGGACAAGGCCAUCCAGACGCUGCGUACCUACGGCGUGGGCCCAUGCGGCCCUCCCCAAUUCUACGGGACUCAGGACGUGCACAUGAAGACUGAAGCAGACAUCGCCGCCUAUCUUGGUACCGAAGCCUGCAUUGUUUAUGCCCAAGCCUUCUCUACUAUCUCGAGUGUUAUCCCCGCCUUCUGCAAGCGCGGAGACAUCAUUGUCGCUGACCGCGCCGUCAAUUACUCCAUUCGUAAGGGUAUGGAGGCGUCUCGAAGCACCAUCAAGUGGUACAACCACGGCGAUAUGGACGACCUCGAGCGAGUUAUCCGGAAAGUGGUUAAGGACCAGAAGGGCAAGAAGUUGACGAGAAGAUUCAUUGUCUCGGAAGGCUUGUUCGAGAUCACGGGAGACAGCGCAGACCUGCCCAGACUUGUUGAAUUGAAGGAAAAGUACAGAUUCCGUAUCAUCCUCGACGAAACUUGGUCUUUUGGCGUCCUCGGCCGAACCGGUCGCGGCCUUACGGAAGCGCAGAACGUCGACCCCUCUCAGGUAGACAUGAUCGCGGGCUCCCUCGCCGGCCCUCUUUGCGCUGGUGGCGGCUUCUGCGCUGGUGCCAAGGAUGUUGUUGAGCACCAGCGUCUCACGGCAGCUUCUUACACCUUCUCGGCUGCACUGCCAGCCAUGCUUGCGGUCACGGCCAGCGAGACUCUCAGCGUUUUGCAAUCUAACCCGGACAUCCUCACCCAGUGUCGUGAGAACACCAAGGCCAUGAGGGCGCAGCUGGAUCCUCGCAGUGACUGGGUCGUCUGCACCAGCUCGCCUGAGAACCCCAUCAUGCUGCUGGUGCUUAAGGCCGAGGUUGUCGCUGCACGCAAGCUUACACGAGAGGACCAAGAAAGGCUCCUACAAGACUGUGUUGAUGAGGAGAAGAAAGGUGCUAACCGUGGCUUGCUCAUCAAGGCCCUUGCCAAUGGAGUACUCAUUACGCGCCUCAAGAGCAUGCCCAUUGCCAACGACCUGAACCCGAAGGACGACAGUUGGCAGAUUCAGCCAGCGCUCAAGGUGUGCCUAACUACAGGCUUGCCAAGGAAGGAUAUCGAGAAAGCAGGUGUUACCAUCCGACACGCCAUCACGAAGGUCAUGACCCGGAAGUCGAGCUCCAAGUCAUCAUAG